UAUUUAUAAGUCAAGUUUUUUAAAUAAUAUUCGUAAUAACGUAGAUGAUGAUACUUAUAAUGAUGAACAAAAAAUAAUAAAUAACAUAAAAUUAAACAAUUUAUCUAACAGUUAUAUAGAAAGUACUAAUAAGAAUAGUUUACUUGAAACUUAUGAAAAUUUUAAUACUAUUAAUAAUGAAGAUAUAGAUAGCAAAAACUUAAACUUAGAUAAUUAUAACUGUGUAAAUAAGAAAAGAAAACUUUCUAAUUUUAGUGAACUUGAUAUUUUAAAAAAUUAUAAUUUAGAUAUUAAUAUUUUAAGUGAUUUUACAAGGCAUAAAUUAGAUUCAACAUCACCUCAAAAAACAAAUAUUAUGAAAAGUGAUAGAGAUGUUAAUGAAAUAAUAAAUUAUGAAAAUAACAUAGAAAAUAGUGUAAUUGAUAAUGAAGUAUAUGAUAAUUAUGCGAAUAAUUUAAGUGAAAAUUUUGACAAAAACGAAAAGUGUAAUUCAAAUGAUAAUACAAAUAAUAAAAAUGAAAAAAUUAUCGAUUUUUUUGAUAAUUUUAUUAUUAAUAAUGAUAUUUAUAUGAAAAAUCAUAGAAAUUAUGAUAAUUAUAAGAAUGAAAAUAUUAGUAAAGACAAAUAUUCAAAUAUGCAUUGUGAUUCUUAUACAAAUGAAAAAAUUAAAAAAGAAACAGAAUAUAAUUUUAUAAAUGUCAAAAUUAAAAAAAUUUUAGAUAUAGAAAAAUCACUAUUAUCAUUAAAUGAAAUAAAUGUAGAUCAAAUAAAUGAAGAGUGUGAGGAACAGAUAAAUGUUCUGUGUUCUUUGAGAGAAGACUUUAUUAAUUAUGUAAUAUUUUUAUUUAAUAAAAAAUUUGAAAAUGAAAAAAAUUACAAUUAUAAAAAUCAAAAUUUAAUAAAAGUAAGCAUUACUGAUAAUAAUAUAUCAAAUAUAAAAGAAAUUACGCAAGAAAAAUCAAAUAAAAAUUCAUCUUUUGGAUUCAGUAGUGACAUUAACAGAUGUGAUAAUACUAGCAGAAAUGAUGACAACAAAAUGAAAUACAUAUCUAAUAAUGUUUUAAAUAUAAUGUGUAAUGAGUUAAAAAAUAGCUCAAGCUCACACAUUGAAGAAAAGGGUUUGAAAAAAAAUGAAGGAGAUAUAACAAGUGGUGUAAAACAAGAAGGAACAAUCCCUUAUAAUAAUGAUAAAAAAGAUAAAGACAAUGAAGCAAUGGUAAAAAAAUGUCAACAAAAUUUAAAUAAUUCGAAUAUAGUAAAAAAUAACGAAAAAACAGAAAAUAUAAAAAAUAAGGAAGAAAUAUUGAGUGAAGGUAUACAAAUUGAAACCAGUGACAAAAUAGAUAAAAAUAAAAAUAUAAAUGAAGAUAAUAAAUGUGAAAAAUCAGAGGAAAAAAUAAAUAAUUAUGAUGAAAAUGGAAAUGAAGAGGAAGAUCAUCUAAAAGGAAAGAAAAAAAAUUUGAAAAAUAGUAAAAUAGAUAUGAAUGAUUUUUUUUCAACAACAAAAAAUGGGUAUAAAAUUGAUGUAAACGCAUUAAAAAAAUAUAGCCACUAUUUGAAUUUUGAAUAUAUAUCGAAAAAUGUUUAUCUAAAUGAUCAAUAUAAAAAUUUAUUAUCUUGUAAGUCAGAUGAUUAUAGAUGCUUAUGCCAGGGAGAAUGUGAUCCAUUCACCUGCUAUAAUUCACUGAGUAAAAUUCAAUGUUCUAAAAAUAGGUGUAAUUUGCCAAUAGAAAUACAAGAUAGAAAAUGUUUUAAUCGCCCUUUUAAGCAUUCAGCAAUAAAAGAUUUAGAAAUUAAAAAAACAGAAAAGACAGGAUAUGGUGUAUUUUGUAAAAGGGAUAUAAAAAAUGGAGAAUUAAUUUGUGAAUAUGUAGGAGAAGUUCUCGGAAAAAAAGAUUUUGAAAAAAGAAUGGAAACAUAUAAGGAAGAAAGCAAAAAAACAGACAUGUACAACUGGUAUUCUAUUCAAAUAAAUAGAGAUGUUCAUAUUGAUAGCAGAAGAAAAGGAAGUAUUUCAAGAUUUGUUAAUCAUUCUUGUUCACCAAAUAGUGUUUCUCAGAAAUGGAUAGUACGCGGAUAUUAUAGAAUUGGAAUUUUUGCAUUACAAGAUAUUCCAUGUGGAGAAGAAAUUACAUAUAAUUACAGCUAUAAUUUUGUCUUUAAUAAUUUUGAAUGCUUGUGUAAUUCUCCCAAUUGUAUGAAUUAUAAUUUGAAAAGAAAAAAUGAAAGUGAAAAUGAUAUAAGUGAUAAUGAAAUCACAAAUAAUGAUAUUUUUAAUCCAAUAGAAAAUUUUAAUAAUCUACAUAAAAAACUGCAAGAUUGGAAUAUAUGUAUAGAUAAUACAGCAACAAAAGGAUUAUAUCAGUACAGUAAAAUGAAUGCAACUAAUUUAAGAUUAAUGGAAUGUUAUUCUACAUGGAUAUUUUACGACUUAAAUUUUCAGUGGAAUCAUUUUUUUUCACUUAAAUCAAAACCAUUUAAUACUUCUACAGAAUUUUGGAAAAUUCUUGUUUCUUCAUUUUCAGAUGGAGAAAAAAAUAUUAUUAACUCGUUCAGCUUAUUUUUGCCUUCACUUAUUAAAAUAGGGCAAUUAAGAAGAAUACAGCAGUAUAGCUAUAUUUUACAUAAUAUUGUUGGUGCUGAACAUGAAAUGUGGAAUUUGAUUGAUAAAGGAUUUGCUGAUGAUGAAGUUUGUAGAAAAUGUAAAAGUUGUGGUAAUUUAACUAUGUGUGAUAAGUGUUUUAAUAGUUAUCAUCACAGGUGUGGAAAUAUGCAUUCAAAAGUUUACAAAAAUAAUGAAUUAGUUUUAUGUAAAUUUUGUCAGAAGUAUGAUUAUAAGAUAAAAUGGAUUAAACAAAAUUAUAAAGAGAAAAUGAAAAGUUGCAUAGAAAUUCGUAGCAGUGCAUUUUAUAAAAUAAAUCGUGAUAUUAUAUCAUUAUUAGAACAAUCUGUGAAAUAUACAGAAAACCAAACAAUUCAAUCCAUUAAUGAACACAAUUCAAAAGCAUGUAAUAGUAAAAAAUUGAAGCUAAAAAAAUUUCAAUAUAAAUAUGUAAAAAUAUAG